CAUUGUGUAGCCAGUCGCAGCCAUCGGUCGCGAAUGGAUGAUGCACAUAAUGCACCGCCUGCUGUGAAUGGAUUACGUCCACUGCAUCUGUGCCACAGCCCUUUGACGUCGCUUCCACUUGCGCCAAACAGCGCUUCUGCUCCGUCAGAAGGGAGACGUAGCCGUCGUAGCGUAGCAUAGGCGAGCACGCGAUCUGAUGGCGUCCGACACAGCGGGCGAUGACAAGGCGUCGGCCGUCGGCGACCUUCUCGAGCCGUCGCUUAUGAACAUCAUCGAGCAGAAGUCCCUCAAGUGGGUCUUCGUCGGCGGCAAGGGAGGUGUCGGCAAGACCACCUGCAGCUGCAGCCUGGCCGUGCAACUGGCGGCGACGCGCGACAGCGUGCUCAUCAUCUCCACCGACCCGGCGCACAACAUAUCGGACGCGUUCGACCAGAAGUUCUCCAAGGUCCCCACUCCAGUAAAUGGCUUCUCCAACCUGUAUGCCAUGGAAAUCGACCCAAACCUGGGCUUCUCCGAGCUGCCCGACGAGUACUUCGAGGAGGGCGACCCUUUCCGCGCCAGCAAAAGCAUGAUGCAGGAGAUUCUGGGCGCCUUUCCGGGUAUCGACGAGGCCAUGAGCUACGCUGAGGUCAUGAAGCUGGUGCGCAGCAUGAACUUCUCUGUGGUCAUCUUCGACACCGCGCCCACCGGACACACGCUCAGACUGCUCUCGUUCCCUCAGGUCAUGGAGAAGGGGAUGGGCAAGCUUCUGCGUCUCAAGUCCCACCUGAGCCCAUUCAUCUCGCAAGUGGCCGGCCUGCUGGGUCUGCAAGAGCUGACGGCGGACGCCAUGUCCUCCAAGGUAGAGGAGAUGCUGCCCGUCAUCCGCCAGGUCAACGCUCAGUUCCGCGACCCGGACCAGACGACCUUCGUGUGCGUCUGUAUCGCCGAGUUCCUCUCGCUCUACGAGACCGAGCGGCUCGUCCAGGAGCUCACCAAGUGUGGCAUCGACACACACAACAUCGUCGUCAACCAGCUACUGUUUCCGGAACGCAACCCGUGCCGCAUGUGCGCCGCCCGUUGCCGCCUGCAGGCCAAGUACCUGGACCAGAUCGCCGACCUGUACGAGGACUUCCACGUGACGCGGCUGCCCCUGCUCGACCAGGAGGUGCGCGGCGCCGAGCAGGUGCGCGCCUUCUCUCGUCACCUGGUGCACCCGUACGUGCCGCCCCACUCCUAGCCCAACCUUUACAGUGAAACCGUCGCUGCCCGCUUUUUGUGUCUUCUCCUGUCUCAUGUGCUCAUUUUGUUACCUCGAAGGACCCCACCCUCAAAUAAAAGUGGUAUAAGAGGUGUA